AUGAGCGUUGCAGGCUCAACUUCCUCACAAGGGACCCACUCACGCUCUCCUUCAAGAUCACGCUCACCACCUUAUAGUGACGGAAGAUAUCCUAACAAUACACGAUAUCGUUAUGACUACAACUACAGACCUAUUCGAAGUGGCAUGUCAGCAGCAUUGGAUGACUAUAGAGACAUGCGCGAAAGAGAAAGAGAUCGAGAUAGAGAUAGACCCAUGGGUCUAAGAGACGACAGAUAUGCACCGCGUGGUCGCGAAAGAGACGACAGAUAUACGCCUUAUUAUCGAGACGAACAUUAUGCUUCGUCAUCAUCUUCCUCUAAUAUGCCUCGAGAUUAUCCUAAAAUGCCAGGCAAUUUGCUUCGUCGUGAUGAUAAACUACCUAAUUCCUCUAGUUCAAGUAGUAUAAAAGACCUCAAGGACGAUACAACCAAACCACCCUCUACAUCCACCAGUGCCGAUCCACCGCCUAAUGCUUACCCUUCCAGCAGGUACAUGGACUGGCGUGAACGAGAACGAGACCGAGACCGAGAAAGAAGAUACCGAGAUGAUGAUCGCCGUAGAGAUUAUGACAGACGUCGAGACGGUUAUAUGCGUUAUGAGUCUUCUUCCUAUGGAUCAAUGAAUUAUCAAAUGCCUCCAUUUGGUGAUUCUUACAGACCAGAUAGAGACAUGCCACCUUCACCUAGUGUACCAUAUUAUGAAAGAGACCGUUUAGAUGACCGCGAUUUCUAUCGAAGAAGUAAUGGAGCUAGUAAUGAUUAUGAUAGAUAUAGAACAACGCCUGGUAAUAAUCCUACGCGACAUGUAAGCCGACCUAGUUGGAGUUCAAAUAAAGAGCGUAUGUUGGACCGUGAUCGACCUGAGAGAAUAGACAUCCGUAGUGGAAGAACUUCGCCUAUUAAAGAACGUUCAGAGACAAAACCAGAAGAGAAAAAAGAAGAAACAGAGUCAGAAUCUAAACCAACAAUCGAACAACAAAAACCAGAACCAAUGGAAAUAGAUACAACAACAACAACAACAACAACAUCAUCAACAAUUCAACAAGAGCAGGACUCACAUGAACUAGAAGAAGGAGAGACACAAGACAAUAAACCAGCCAUUAAUAUGACACAAGAACAAAUUGUAGAACGCAUUGACGACAUUGAAAACCAAAUUACCAUGUACGAAGAAAUGCUUGAAUUAGCUACAAAGAGAGAGUCUAAAAAAGAAAAAGAAAAAGAACAAGAACAAGAACAAGAGGAAGAAGACGAAGACAUGGACAUGGAAGCAAAUAAAGAAGAAGCCAAAAAACAAGCUCUACAGGCUAUGGAAAAUGAACCUUCUGCUGACAUGGUGAAUUUUGCUGAUACAUCUGUUGUGCGAAAACGACCUCAAUUGCUGAUUAAUCAACUACGCUCUAAAAAUGAUCAAACAGACGAUGCAUUAUACGAGAAAAUCUUGCAAGAUAAUCGUAAAAUAGCUCAAAAGAAUGCUUGUAUGGCAGAUGGUCUAUGGCAAGGAAAGAAAGAAACAGAGGAGAGUUGGUUAGAUCAAGAAAACUGGUCAAAGCCUCUUUAUGCUUCUAUUCAAGAUUAUCCUUGUGUUCAAGACAACAUUGCCCAGUUUGAAAAGUUACGUAUCAGUGUAGCUCAUUCACUUUCUCUUCAGAAAACAGCACUUAAGAAGAAAGAACGAUUUCUCAAGAAUGAAUACAAAAGACUACAUGAACAAUGGACACGCAAAAACUUGGCUUUGGACAUGAGACGUGAUGAAGAGCGUAAAGUAUCUGAUCGAUACAAUAGCUAUCGCUCUUCUAGUCGACAACAACGUGAAAGACCUGAAGAAUAUGUGGACAAUGUCAUCUUCAUUAGUGGUGCCCCCGAUGCUUUACGUUUUAAGAAUGACGGUGCUUCUACACCCUAUGGCCUUUACACAUCAGAUGCUGCUCGUUCAGAAGCCGAACUGCUAGAAAUCAUUCAAUCCUUGGAAACAGCAGAAAUGAGAAACCCUGAAUCUCGAGCUAAAAAGACAACAGCCACUAUUCCACCUAUGAUUCUUGAUGAGCGAGAACGUAUGCGUACAUUUGACGAUCGUAGUGGACUGGUCAAGGACCCAUUGAGCUAUUAUCACACAGGCCCUGAUACAGGUGAUGUUUGGAAUCAACAAGAAGUCACUACCUUUAUGGAAUCGUACAUGAUGUAUCCCAAACAAUUUGAACGUAUUGCCAUGGCUGUAGGAACCAAAACAGCAUGUCAAUGUGUCUUAUUCUAUUAUCGCAAGAAAAAGAAGAUUGAUUUUAAAGCAUUAAUGAAAAAGGGGCGAAGAGGCAAAGCCACUAAGCAUCGUGAUCGUAUUGCAGCUGCUAUUCGUGCAGUGACCGGCGAUUCUGUCAGUCCACGUAAAGCCAAGAGUAAGGGGUCUGCUUUGAUGGCAGAUAUUGGUGAAGCUCAAGUUUCUAGAAAGGCAAAAGAAAAAGAUGCUGCAGAACGCAAGAGCAGAGAAUUGCGUGAUCUUGAACAAGCCAAUGCGUAUUGGGAUGGUGUGGCAGAGCGCAAAAAGACAAAACGGCCCUCGUCUGUAGCUCCUUCAGGUCCUACCAGUAGUGCUUCUGAUGAUACAGAAAUGAUGCUUCAACAAAUACAGCCUGAAAGACGUCGUACAAAUUCAGCAGGUGUUAACCUACAGCGUCGCAAAGGACGAUCGCCUCGUGAGCCUGUCAUUGCUGAAGCUGUGCUACCUACUGAAUCCACAAAACGUUACACAGAAGAAACAAUGGAUACUGAGGAAGAGAUGGAUGAAAAGCAAUCCAUUGCAAGCACCAAAUGGUCCGAACGAGAAAAAGAAAUGGCUAUUGAAGCAUUUAAACAACAUGGUCGUGACUUUGUAAAAGUAGCUGGUUUGGUCAAAACAAAGACAGAAGAACAAUGUCGUAAUUUUUAUCAUAACUUUAAGCGUAAAUUUGGCCCUAAUGCUUUCCAUGAAGAAGAGACAGCUCAGCCGAUCCUUUCUCCUCAAGAUAUCGGUACACUGAGUGGUCGAGCCGAUUUGAAAGCCGAAGAAGAAGAUGCAGCUGCCGCUCUGGUAGACAUGUUUCAAAUGGGUGCCAAUACACCUAAUGAAGCACCCAAGAACCUUGCCUUGCCACCUUCUUCAGCAAGAAUUGAUGAGUUUGUAACCAUUCCACCUUCUCCUGUCACUACGCCUGGUAUUGCAGGUCCCUCCUCUCCCUUCAAUCAGCAAAAACGCCGUCGUGUGAAAUCAGCAUCCAGUCGAGCCGAAAGUGUUGAAGACACGACAACAGAAUGGGCAAGCGAUUCAGACUACAGUAAUCCUCGCUCAGGAGGUCGUAAACUAGGCCGUACUAGUACUUUGGCAGAGCCUAACAAGCGUCCUACUUAUUCUUCAUAUUGGUCUGUUUCUGAGCGUAAUGACUUUCAACGUUAUUUAGCCAUGUAUGGCUGUGAUUGGGACAAGGUAGCAAAUGCAAUGAAGUCAAAGACAGUGAUUCAAGUACGUAAUUUUUAUGCUAACAAUGAAGAAAAAAUGCAAUUAAAAGAAUUGGUGGAUCGUCAUCGCCAACAACAACAACAAUCAACAGAGCCCGCAAGGCCACCACCUGCUUUUGAGAAAUCACAUUUUCAAGCACUUCAAAGUUUCCCCUUUCCUGCUCCAAUGACUGAACAACCAAGCUCAACUUCUUCAAAGACAGUACUAUUAAUUCCGCCAUCGCCUUCUACUUCUUAUCCCGUCUCACAAUCUGGUUACUAUGCUUCUACACCACCACCACCACCACCACCACCAUCAUCAUCGUCCUCUUCUACAGAAGUAUAUAAUAAUCGAAAUUUUGCUACUUCACGGUCUUCUGUGCCACCACCAACAACCAAGCCAUCACAACCACCAGCAGUGACAAAAGUAGCUGACUUGUUAAACAAUGAUGAUCCUGCAGAACCCAAUCAAAAUAGCUGGGAAACUUGGUUUGGAAGUUGA